AUGGGCCAACCAUCCUUCGAGGCAUCAAAUGCCACUAUAUACGUCACCUACGGCGCCUUUCUCCUGUUAGGAACUGGCUUGGCAUGGAAGAUGAGAAAUCAACCCAAAGCUGAAUUUCUAGCUGGUAACAGGACACAAACUGGUCAGAAUUACAAAUGGGAGCUAUAUAUGUGCCGGAUCUUGUUGCCGCCAUCGCAUGACUCUCCCUUUCCUUUGGCGCUUAACUUCAUCGCUGCUGCCAUGGGUUCGGGCAUAUUGUUCUCAUACCCCCAGCUGGCCACCCUCGCUGGCCUCCAGGGUGUCAUCGUCUAUGCUAUUUCGUCGGCUUGUCCCCUUUUAAUUUUUGCUGUCCUCGCUCCCAUUAUCCGCAGGAAGUGUCCUGAGGGGUUUGUGUUGACUGAAUGGACGAGACAACGAUACGGCAUCGUUACAGCACUCUAUCUAGGCGCUUUGACUCUUCUCACGCUAUUCCUCUAUAUGGUCGCGGAACUUUCCGCAAUCGGGCAGGUUAUUGAGGCCUUAACUGGACUCGAUGGUCUUCCUGUUGUCAUCGUUGAAUGCGUCGUGACGACCGUUUAUACUUCUCUCGGGGGGUUCAAAAUAUCAUUCAUCACGGAUAAUAUUCAAGGUGCCAUGAUAUGUUGUUUGAUUAUUAUAGCAACUAUUACUAUUGGUGCCAAAACGGAGAUCAAGCCGGAGCUAAUUGCUGAUUCCGGAUUACUUAAUUCAAGUCUCGUAGGGUGGCAGCUCAUCUAUAUCUUACCUGUCGCCAUCUUGACGAAUGACUUUUUCCUAGCCAAUUACUGGCUACGCGCGUUUGCUUCCAGGACGGACAAAGAUCUCUGGGUUGGCGUCUCGGUAGCCAUGGUCGUUAUUCUUAUUGUUUUGACCCUGGUCGGCUUUACAGGACUCAUCGCUGUGUGGUCUGGUGCGUUUUCUCCUGAUGGGGAUGGAUCUGUCGCCUUCUUCCUGUUGCUUGAGCAAUUGCCCAACUGGGUUGUGGGCAUUGUCAUUGUCAUGUCGGUCUGCUUAAGUACUGCGGCGUUCGACAGCUUGCAGUCCGCCAUGGUAUCUUCUGCUUCCAAUGAUCUCUUUCGCAACCGCUUAAAUAUUUGGUGGAUUCGCGGCGCUGUUGUCUUGGUUAUCUUCCCAGUUGUCGUUCUCGCGCUGAAGGCACCGAGCAUUUUACAAAUCUACUUGAUAUCCGACCUUCUGUCCGCCGCCACGAUCCCGGUUCUUAUGCUUGGGUUGUCAGAGCGUCUCUACUGGUGGCGAGGGUUCGAAGUCUUGGUUGGGGGUCUAGGUGGCAUCUUGACUGUCUUCAUUUUUGGGACCAUCUACUACGGCGAUGCGCAGCUCGGUGGUGAGCUGAUCCUCCUAGAACAAGGACUGUACACGGGCGAUUGGGGCGCUUUUGGUGCGUUUGUCGCUGCACCUGUGGGCGGCUUGCUUUGGGGUUUCGGCGCAUUGGCUUUGAGAUUGACGGUUCAAUUCGUCCAGUCCAAGGUACGCGGUACCCGAUUCGAUGCGCUCGACUACGUCGCUGCCGUAGCACCCGAAGAUUCAGAUGCUACCACUACUAAAAUUACUGGCAAGUUUUUCUAGGCCGAACUUGGCCUCGGAAGACGAAAGGGAUGUAGUUUCGUGAAACGCAAAGGAGAGGUGUAGAACCAAAAUGGGUUUGUGAUGGAAGGCCUUUUAAGGACUGGGUACUAAGAGUAUAUGCUAAUUCGGUCGUGUAGAGUUGAACUCUUGGUAAUACAUUAAAUUUCCAGCGAUCUCUGCCUGUGCCCCUCUGCCUGUGCCCCUCGACGACCAGUGUUAUCUCG